AUGUGUCGAGCGCGCAUGUCUUGAGUUUCUGUGGACGGGAUUUGGAGGCAACGAAUUGUGUUUGAUUUUGAAAGGACAAAUUGAUCGUUGUUCAUAUUCCGUCACAUUGUUUGGCGUUUGAUUCGUGCGACCACUUUGCUGCCGCUUUUGCAGAGUGGGGCGAGGGAGAUUACAUUGGAGUAUUUUUUUGUGUGAGCAGGUAUUUUUUUCGUCAAGCUCGUCCUGUGAGUGUGUGUGUGUGUGUCAGCGCGACUUCUCAACCCUCCUGUCUCUUUAUCCGCUUUGGUUCUAUGGCGGCGCAAUUGGAUACAAUUUAUGGACUUUCCGAUGAUGAAGAAGAAUCUCGUGUUCUCAGAGUCAAGGUUAUUUCAGGCAUUGAUCUGGCUAAAAAAGACAUCUUUGGAGCGAGUGAUCCUUAUGUGAAAUUGUCCUUGUAUGUGGCCGAUGAGAAUCGGGAACUUGCCUUGAUUCAGACAAAAACAAUCAAAAAGUCACUGAAUCCAAAAUGGAAUGAAGAAUUUCUUUUCAGGGUCAAUCCCCAGAAUCACAGGCUGCUGUUUGAAGUCUUCGAUGAAAAUCGCCUGACAAGAGAUGAUUUCCUGGGCCAAGUUGAUGUGCCUCUUAAUUACUUACCGGCAGAAGAUCCAGCCUUGGAGAGACCAUAUACUUUUAAAGACUUCAUGCUCAGGCCAAGGAGUCAUAAAUCCCGGGUAAAAGGAUUUCUGCGUUUGAAGAUGGCCUACCUUCCAAGGAAUGGUGGACAAGAAGAAGAAACGCCUGAACAGAGGGAAGAAUCUGAGCGUGCCUGGGCUAUGGUUGACCCCACUGAUUCAGGAGCACAACGUGAGCAGCAGUUGCCACCUCUGCCACCUGGCUGGGAAGAGAAAACAGACAACCUGGGCCGGACAUAUUAUGUGAAUCACAACAACAGGACAACACAGUGGCAGCGACCAAGUCUAGUAGAUGUGGAAAAUGAGUCAGACAGCAACAUUCGGCAAAUCCAGCAAGAAGCUCACAGAGUGUUUCGGUCGCGUCGGCACAUUAGUGAAGAUUUGGAGACCACAGAUAAUCGGGAUGGUGGUGAUCCAUGGGAAACCAUCUCUGAAGAAACUUUUCUCGAUGGUGAUCAACUUUUCCAACCUUUACCCCCUCCUACCACUCCACCAAGUGCAUCAGAGAGCAGCCCACCAGACCUCUCUGAUGAACUGAACAGGAGAUUGCAAGUUACUUCAGAGUCAAACGGGGAAGAAAUUAGUCCACAUCCUAGUGAAUCUCUUGCAAGGAUACGUUCCUAUAGUGUAACAGAUGGUGUUGAAGAUGAAGCUCAAGCCUCAACGCAGACCACCCAAUCACGACGACCUCGCUCUUCAACUGUUACUGGCAGUGAACAACAAAAUGAAGUCAUGCAGUCAUCUACAGCCUACAUGCUCACAACACCUGGCUUGCCACCAGGAUGGGAAGAGCGGAAAGAUGCAAAGGGACGUUCCUAUUAUGUAAAUCAUAACAACCGAACUACUACUUGGACACGCCCAAUUGUGCAGCAUGCAGACGAUGGUGCAUCAGCUACUACAGCCAGCAACAGCCUUUUAAGCGAGCCUCAGAUAAGGCGGCCUCGCAGUCUCAGCUCACCCACUGUAACCUUAUCAACCCCGAUGGAGGGUGCUAAAGAUCCCCCUCUGCACAGAGCUGUAAAGGACACUUUGUCUACUCCUCACUCUCCUCAGCUUUCGCCUUAUAAUUCACCAAAGGCACAACAUAAGGUUGCGCAGAGUUUCCUGCCUCCUGGUUGGGAAAUGCGCAUAGCUCCAAAUGGUCGGCCUUUCUUCAUCGAUCACAAUAGUAGAACAACAACAUGGGAGGAUCCACGGCUGAAAUAUCCAGUUCAUUUAAGAGCAAAGGCAUCAUUGGAUCCGAAUGAUCUUGGACCUCUCCCUGCUGGCUGGGAGGAGCGAAUCCAUUUAGAUGGAAGGUCAUUCUUCAUAGACCACAAUACCAAAAUCACACAAUGGGAGGAUCCAAGGUUGCAGAAUCCAGCCAUUACUGGUCCUGCUGUGCCAUAUUCUAGAGAAUUCAAGCAGAAGUAUGAUUAUUUCCGGAAGAAACUGAAGAAGCCUGCUGAUAUUCCCAAUAGAUUUGAAAUGAAACUGCAUAGAGGCAACAUUCUAGAGGAAUCUUAUAGACGAAUUAUGUCCUUAAAACGACCAGAUGUGUUGAAGGCUCGACUUUGGAUAGAAUUUGAGUCAGAAAAAGGACUUGAUUAUGGAGGUGUUGCAAGAGAGUGGUUCUUUCUUUUAUCCAAGGAAAUGUUCAAUCCUUACUAUGGGCUUUUUGAAUAUUCGGCCACAGAUAAUUACACACUUCAGAUCAACCCAAAUUCUGGUCUUUGUAAUGAAGAUCAUCUUUCUUACUUCAAGUUCAUUGGGCGUGUGGCUGGAAUGGCAGUGCACCACGGCAAGCUACUGGAUGGCUUCUUCAUCAGACCCUUUUACAAGAUGAUGUUGGGAAAAUCAAUCACACUGAAAGACAUGGAGUCGGUGGAUGGUGAAUAUUUCAAUUCUUUAAGGUGGAUUCUUGAAAAUGACCCCACUGAGCUGGAUCUCAGAUUUUGCAUAGAUGAAGAAAAUUUUGGGCAGACCUAUCAAGUGGAUCUGAAACCCAAUGGUUCAGACAUGGUGGUUACCAAUGAAAACAAAAGGGAGUAUAUAGACCUGGUCAUCCAGUGGAGGUUUGUUAAUCGGGUACAGAAGCAGAUGAACGCCUUCAUGGAGGGCUUCACGGAACUCAUUCCUAUUGACUUGAUUAAAAUAUUUGAUGAAAAUGAACUAGAGUUGCUGAUGUGUGGCCUUGGAGAUGUGGAUGUCAAUGACUGGAGACAGCACACUGUCUACAAGAACAACUACUGUACAAACCACCCAGUUAUUCAGUGGUACUGGAAGGCAGUGCUGCUGAUGGAUGCUGAGAAACGUAUUCGACUUCUACAGUUUGUUACUGGAACCUCAAGAGUGCCUAUGAAUGGGUUUGCUGAACUAUAUGGUUCCAAUGGUCCUCAGCUGUUUACAAUAGAACAGUGGGGAACUCCAGAAAAGUUGCCAAGAGCUCACACGUGCUUUAACCGCCUUGAUUUACCGCCUUAUGAAUCUUUUGAAGAUUUACGAGAAAAGCUUCUUCUGGCAGUAGAGAAUGCUGAAGGAUUUGAAGGAGUCGAUUAAAUGGCUGCCGUUGUGGUCAACAAGAUGCUGCUUAUAAUUUUUCUUUUUUAUAGAUUUAGGAACUUUUCCAGUGAUAUCAAUUUAAUUGCACAGUGACAUUGGUACACGGAACAAAUUCUUCUAUGCUAAUUCCUAUUUCACGUUUCUGGAAGACUGGAAAAUUCAAAACUGACUUUCCAGACAAUUGUAAUAAAAGAAGAAAAGUGGAUGAUGCGUGGAUGAAAAGUGCAUUUCAAUAGGACUUAACUAUGUAUUUAAAAAAAGUUCUUUAAAGACACAAUCUAAACAUUUUACCAACUUUGUAAUGAAAGUGAAUGCAAACUCUCACUUUCACAGGUAUAGUAUUAUCACUUUGUUUACUCAAUGGACUGCAUAAUAACCAGUUAUUUAGACUUCCUUGUAACAUAACCUUUCCAGUUAAAAGGCACGAUCUGUUAAAUGGAUUAAAGGUUGGAAUUGUGCAGUGCAUUAACAUUUUCUUGUGAAACAUUUGUGCCUCCUUUCCCUGGCAGUCAUGAUUAAAAGCAUGUCAAAAGCAUUUUUAGAUUAUUGAUGAUGUAGUUUAACACUUGCCUGAAAUGUGAAAACCUAGAUCUAUAUUUUUAUUUAACAAUUGUCAUCAAUGUCUCUAAAUGGGGUCUCGGAAGCAAGUUGUAGUAACAUGGCUAUGCUCCCAAUAGUCAAGUAAAAGCAUGGUUAUCCAUUAAAUAUGUAUUGAAAUAACAUCGAAAUUAAGAGGAUGACCAAAUAACAGUGCUCAAGGUGUUUUCUAUAAAAUGUUACCCAAAUUUUCCUCUCUUUUUGGAACCAGGUGACUUAACUAUGAUAUAGCAACUUAUUACAAUGUGCCUGUAGCAUACCUGUUAAAGCCCAUAGUCUGCUGGUGGGUCCAGGAGUAUUUGCUAGCUGGACCUUAAAUCUCACUAUAACAGGUAAUAACAGAGUGAUAAAGCUGCCCAAUGCCAUGAGUAGCUUCACUGUCGUACUGCUGACUAAAUUCAAAACAUAACUCUAUAAUAUGUGAAACUACUUAUGCCCUCAUUGCCUUUAUCUGCUUUUUUUUUCUACAAACUCUUUUGUUUUUUAGUAAUAAUUUAACUUUUCAAUCAUAUUUUUAUCUCCUGUUAGAAAUUUCAUUCUCCCUUUCUAAGCCAUUUGUUUACUGUUUCCUUUCACCUCCUUCCUUCCUCCAUCCAUUUUAGGGUCAGGAGUAACUUUUUUUUAUUUAAGAGCUACUUGAUUUGUCUUAUAAUAGUUCUUUGAACCCAGUUGUAUUGAAUACAAUUACCUCCAAGAUUACUGUGACUAGAUGAAUGAUAGGGAAAAAUGCAACAAACCAGGAAGGAAUUCUAACAAAUGAGCACAACCUGUGACAGCCCUCCCUAUCUUGUUAUUUACAAAAUGAAAGAUAACCACUACGAAUCAAGCUUUGAAUGACUAAUGUGUUUGUCUCAUUAUUGCUUGAGCUAAUGCUGAUUCUUAAGAAAAUGUGUUCUGUUGUAAUACCAAGAAAUCUAGGGGCACUUUAUAAAUACCAUAAGGUCAUGGCUGUUUAAUUGUUGUUAAGGGUGUACAUUUUUAAUACUGAGUAUGCUUAUCCAGUGCAAUAUCUAUCUGUACAUUUUUUCUACUGAUGACGCCACAACAAAUCCAACAUGGAGCCAAGCAGAGUAAUUGUUUGUCUUUCUUCAUUUAUUCUCAACAUGUCUUUCCCCUUCAAAAGCAUUGCACACAAUUUCAAAACUCAGCUCAAAUAUGUAAAGUCUCUCCUGAAAUCCUUCUAUCCCUAGUAAGUUCCCAAAAAAUAAACUUUCCAUUCGAAUGUUGCAAGUUUUGUAAUUUGUAUUUUAUGCAUCUGCAUUGAUAUUAAAACUAUUUAUCUAAUUUAGGAUAGUGAUUAAGUGUAAUGAAACUUUUACUCCAGAAUAUGUUUGCAGAAACUUUGUCAGAUUUUUGCUGAGGCCUUUUAGAUUGAAAAGAUUAAAGAUGGGUUGACCUUAAAUAUUAACUUUUGUUCUGCCACUUUUAUUUCCUUUACACUAUUUAUUUCCCCACAGUGAGCAAAUUGUUGUCCAUCAUCUGCUUAAUGUGUACUAAAACAGAACAUUCUGUCAAUAAUUCCAUGACCAUCAUUGGCCGUGCGUGCUCCAUGGUCAGCUAAUAAAUGUUAAACAACUUUUCCAUAUUAUGUGCCUACAUAUUGGACUGUUUAGUAAAAGAAUACUUUUACCCACCACCAGUAGCAUAAUUGUGAGUGUGCACCCAUGAGAGUCAAAACUGCAACUAAUUUUACUGGGUAGAACCAUGCUUCAGUUUUGUAACUAACAAUAUUACCAAUAAAUAUAAUUGCUUUUUGGAA